CAAUAUCAUAUGCAUGUGGCAGAAAACAGCAAGGUCUUUUAAUACGUCUCGUUACCCCACUCCUUGGAAUCUUUCUUCGCCUUCUCUUCCCAUGCUUGCAGCAUUCUCUUCUGUUCCCACCCUUGUUCACCCCAAGGUUGUAACUGCCCCAUGACCGACGCUCCCCGUCAGUCUUCCUCUUCAUCGUCCACGUUCUUUGGUCGUCCCUCUUUUGUUCAGCCGUUUCAGGCACUCUACUUCCUCAUGAUUCAACGAGGGAACCCCCAUCCGCGUAAGAAGGUGGCCGUGGUGGGCAGUGGUGUAGCGGGCAUCGGUGCGCUGUGGGCGUUGAACCGGAGCCCUCAUGAUGUGUACAUCUUCGAGGCCGCUGACCGCCUGGGCGGUCAUGCUAACACGGUGGAGUUCACGAGGGGAAAGUACAAGACUUUGGUCGAUGCUGGGUUUAUGGUCAUGAAUGAAGCUACAUACCCGAACUUUUUGAACUUUCUUAGGAGGAUGAAGGUGGAAACCGCGCCCACUGAGAUGUCCUUCUCGGUGUCCCGAGACCAAGGGCGCUUCGAGUGGGCCAGCCUGAACAGAGAUGCGUUCUUCUGCCAGCGAAGCAAUUACUUCUCACCUAGAAUGUGGAGAUUGGUCUUUGACAUUUGGCGCUUCGACAAGUUUGCGCUGGACGUCUUGCGCGCCGAGAAGCCAACUGAGGAGACCAUUGGGGAGUACCUCGAGAGGGAGGGCUACUCAACCAAGUUUAAGGAUGACUAUCUCACCCCCAUCACGGCGAGUCUCUGGAACACCAGCCCGGAGAAAUGCGUACUUGACUUCCCCGUCGCCACACUCAUUCGCUUCAUGUGGAACCACCACUUCCUCGCCUCAACCUCCAAGAACCCACAAUGGCUCACCCUCAACAGCGGUUCAAAGUCCUACAUCGACGCCGUCAUGAAGGGCUUCCCAUCCAACCACGUCCGCCUCAACAGCAAGGUCAUCUCCAUCACUCCUGAGCGGGACGGCAGGUUGAGACUUCACACCCUCCACCCAACCGGCGGCAAGUCGGAGGUAUUCGACCAUGUCAUCCUCGCCACCCACGGCGACCAAGCCCUCUCCAUCAUCCGGGACUCGGCAACCGAAGCAGAGGACUCCAUUCUGCGAUCCUUCCAGACCUCCACGAACGAGGUCUUUUUGCAUUCUGACCUCUCUCUUAUGCCAGAGCGGUACGAAGCCUGGACAUCAUUCAACUACCUUUCCCGGUCCUCCCCCAUGACCGGCUCGGGCCACAUUGACCAGGUCUGCCUCACAUACAACAUGAACAUCCUCCAGGAAAUCCCCCGCGCGGCCUUUGGGGACGUCCUCGUCACCCUCAACCCGCUGCACAAGCCCGACCCGAAGACCAUCCAAGGGAGGUACACAUACCGGCACACAAUCUUCAACAAGUCCGUCCUCGCGGCCCAGGAACGCCUCCCCGAGAUCCAAAACACGCGCGGGAUUUCUUAUGCGGGAGCCUGGACGAGACAAGGCACCCACGAAGAUGGCUUCAGCUCCGGCCUCCGCGUGGCCGUCGAGCACCUCGGCGCGAACAUCCCCUUUGAGUUUGAGGAGUCCACCCUCGCCAGGGGGGAAAGGCCGUGGUACUCGCUCUGGGACUACGUCAUCCGGUUCCUCAUCUGGCUCGUCCAGGUCCUUUUCCUUGCCGUCAUUGACAAGAUUGCUGGUGGCCUCACCACGACCCGUCGUAGGUUGGUGUCGAGGGUGGGAGCCAAGGGCACUGCUCUGAACGGACGGGUGAAGGUUCACGAAAAGGACUUGUGACUAGAAGGUCGGAGGGAAAAGAUACGGGAGCAGUGGGUUUUGGUUGAGAAGGAGAGGGCGAUGGUUGCGGCGAAGAAGGAGGGACGACAGUAAUUUUUUUUUUGUUUUGAUUUUGUUACUAUAACGGAACGAACGAACUUGAUGACGACUUUUACGAAAAGAAAGAUGAACUUCAUACAACACCCCACGAAAAUCAUAAGGGAAGGGGGGGGGGGCCAUGACACACAUACAUACAACAUUUUGGAAUUUUUUUGGGCGUUUUUUUUAUACAUCAAGGGAAAGAUUGGAUACCACUAUUACCACUACAUGAACAAGAGGGGGGGAUAUUUAAAGAUUGUAUAUUUUAGGAAGGGAGGGUUGGG